GUGACCGAGUGUCGAUUGAGAAGCUGACUGACUUUUGAUAGUAAAUUAUCGAUAGUGAACAAAUAUCGAGAAAGGAGGAUUUCUUCAUUCUUCAAUUUUAUUAUUUAGUUUUUUCAUCGGGUCUUUGAUCUCAGAGGGCUAGAAAUUUUGUAGUUUUAGUAAUUUAUUGGUUAUCAAUCACUGUUUUAAAUAAGCUCAUAUAAUUUUUAUUAUUACAAACAAAAUUAGAAAUUAUUUUAAUGCCAAUUGUUUUUUUCUUGGUUCGAUGCAACAUAACCCUAUUUUAGUUGAGUAGUACUAACUUACCGGUAGCCUUUAAUAAAUAUUAAUUAUCAAAGUAUUUCACCAAUUUACUCAUAAGUUUACUUAAAAGCUAAGAAUUUUGUUGAGGUUUAUGUUUUGUGCGUACAAGUUAUUAUUCGAAUGGACGCUUUAAUUAUUAUUUUAGGUUAUAAUAUUGUAACUUGAGCUCAUCAUCAAGCACAAUCGUUUUUAGAAACGAAUGAAGCAGUUCAGAAUGGCGGAUCCAGUAUUAAUGUUGGGAUGUUUAGCCUUCACAAUGAUUGUGCUCGUGAAUUUCUCUGUGCAUAAAUUAGAGGAAGGACAUGUUGGAGUCUAUUACAGGGGUGGAGCUCUUUUAUCCAAAGUCAGCCAUCCUGGAUUUCACUUGAUGAUUCCAUUUAUCACAACAUACAGAUCUGUCCAGGUUACUCUGCAAACGGAUGAGGUAAAAAAUGUACCUUGUGGAACCAGUGGAGGUGUGAUGAUUUAUUUCGAUAGAAUUGAAGUUGUCAACAUUUUGCGUCGAGAAAGUGUUUAUGAUAUGGUGAAGAACUAUACAGCAGACUACGAUAAGACUCUGAUAUUCAACAAGGUCCACCAUGAGUUGAACCAGUUCUGUAGCAGUCACACGCUGCAUGAGGUUUACAUAGAUUUGUUUGAUCAAAUCGAUGAGAAUCUGAAAGUGGCCCUGCAAAACGACCUGAACGAGAUGGCCCCCGGCCUGCUUGUCCAAGCUGUUCGUGUUACCAAGCCAAAAAUACCAGAAGUUAUAAGGAAAAACUAUGAACUUAUGGAAAGUGAAAAGACAAAACUGCUUAUUUCAAUUCAACAUCAGAAAGUUGUAGAAAAAGAUGCUGAGACUGAGCGAAAGAAAGCUGUCAUCGAGGCUGAGAAAGAGAUGCAAGUUGCAAGAAUCCAGUUCGACCAGAAGAUUAUGGAGAAAGAAUCACUCAUGACUAUGUCACAAAUUGAAGAUACGAUGCACAUUGCUACUCAAAAGAGCAGAGCUGAUGCGGAUUUCUAUCAGACACAAAAACAAGCUGAAGCAAAUGCCCUACUUCUCACGCCUCAGUUCUUGGAGCUCAAGAAGUACGAAGCAAUCGCCAACAACACUAAAGUCUUCUUUGGAGCUGAUAUACCAAAAAUGUUCCUCAACAUCGGCUCCGUCGACUCCAACACACAAGCAAACAAAAACUGAGAACCCAAAACUAUUAAUUGGUUGAUAUAGAAUACAAUUCAAAUUCGAAAAGGUAUUAAGAUUUCAACAAACAUUUACUUGAAAUAAAGGAGGCAGUUUGUUAAGCCUAAAUAGAAACAGAUCCUCAUUUUUAAAUGUCAUUAUUAUUUAGUAUUUAUUAUUAUUCUGUUCUUGUGAAACAUUCUGGUCAGUGAAUGAGAUUGUAUACAUGAAAGAGGCUUGUUUACUUAUUUGUCUUGAUCGGGAAACCAUGGACAUUUUGCCUACAAUACAUCUGUGUAUUAGUGUUGUUUUUUAAACUAUUCAGUGCUGUAAUCUACGAUAAAUAUUGCAACGUUUUGUGUCGCAUCAUGUACCACAGGAAGCAUGCUCUGUAUUUGCUCAUAGAUCAGGGAUAAUCUAUCUCAAUUUGGAAUAUGAUUUUGAAAAAUAUAGUCAAUUAAUCCGCUGUUGAUUAAGAUAGGCAGAACAGGGUCCCGAUAGUCUCCUUUUUAGUUUGAACAGAGUUACAUUUUGAAUAACACAGAAAUGAAUCUCAAUUAUUAUUCAUUGAACACGAGAUAGAGAUACAAUUUAUUGGUUAAUUAAAGAUUACAGAAAUAAACUGGGCCACGCCUUGUGUUAUAAUUAGUGAAUUUUUAUUAAGUAACGUUUUGUUCUGCAGAGUACAAUAAUUGUACGCAUUGAUGCAUUAUUUUUUAUUCUGUUUAUAUUUUAUAUAUUAUUUACCUAAACGAUAAAGCAAGUCCAUGAUAAGAGUAUUUUACUUGUUCCCAAUGAUUGUGCAAACUAGAAUUAUUUUGUACGACUUAGAAACAUGAACUCAUUCUUUUAUUUCAAUGAAUAUUGUACACUGUAACCAUAGGCGAUUCCAAUACAGAAAUGAUAUAAUACGAUCUAUCGGGAUGAAAAAUAAAACUUUCAUGUAACGUAGUAUGAAUAUUGAAUUGAAUAAUUGAGUAUGUGUAUCCAAAAUAUAUCGAGUUCAAAUGGAACAAUAAUUUAUUAUAAAACUCUUAUUAUUUACAUUUAUCAUGAGUGAGUUUAUCACUACAUAAAUUUAUUAAAGAUGAUUGUUUAUUAGUGUUUUUUAUUAUAAUAAAGUUUUAAAAGUAAUUAA